UGAUCGCCGCUCAUCCCGCUGAGCUGGUAGUCUGUUUUUGCCCCUCUCUUGUUGCCCCCAGAGGAGCCAUGGCGAGUCCCGGACAGAAAGUGGUGCUGAUCACCGGCUGCUCCUCCGGGAUCGGCCUGAGGAUGGCCGUGAUGCUGGCCAAGGAUGAGCAGAAGAGAUACCACGUAAUAGCCACAAUGAGAGAUCUGAAACGCAAAGACAAGCUGGUGGAAGCUGCGGGGGACACAUAUGGGAAAACUCUCUCUCUGGCAGUGCUGGACGUCUGCAGCGACGAGUCUGUCAAACAGUGUAUUAACGGCAUCAAGGAUCGACAUGUCGAUGUUCUCAUAAAUAAUGCAGGCAUUGGCCUGGUGGGUCCGGUGGAGAGCAUCCCCAUCGACGAGAUGAAGAAAGUUUUCGAAACCAAUUUCUUUGGGGUGAUCCGUAUGAUCAAGGAAGUGAUGCCCGACAUGAAGAAAAGGAAAGGGGGACACAUCAUUGUGGUCAGCAGUGUGAUGGGACUACAAGGGGUGGUGUUUAAUGAUGUGUAUGCAGCUUCCAAGUUUGCCAUGGAGGGCUUUUGUGAGAGUUUGGCUGUUCAACUCUUGAAGUUUAAUGUCACACUGUCGAUGAUCGAGCCGGGUCCAGUGCACACAGAGUUUGAAGCUAAGAUGAUUGAGGAUGUGAAAAAGAAAGAGUAUCCAGGAGCUGAUCCAGACACUCUGAAUUACUUCAAGAACGUCUACCUGCCGUCCUCUGUGGACAUUUUUGAGACACUUGGACAAACACCUGAUGACAUUGCAAGAUGCACCAAGAAAGUGAUUGAAGCAAGCAGCCCACGUUUCCGCAAUCUAACCAACCCAUUGUACACACCCAUUGUCGCGCUGAAAUACGCUGAUGAAACUGGAGGCCUGUCCGUCCACGCCUUCUACCACAUGCUCUUUAACCUGGGACCGCUGAUGCACGUCAGCAUGACGGCCAUGAAGUACCUCACCUGUGGAUGUCUAAGGAGCCGGACGAUCUCACCCAACUAGCUAUACUUUGUACUAGAGAGAGAACAAUAACACCAAAAAGAAGACCCUGCUCCACAGUGACUUUGUUGUCAGAGGGUGAAAUGUACUGUAGGAAUAUGACGAGGACCAAAGUCAAGUAGUAAAAAGUCCUUUUGACUCAAAAUAAGAAAAAUGUGAAUGACAAGUCGAAGAAUGCGGAAACAGUUUUCAGGAUUUUAUACAUUUGCCAUAUUUCCUGCUGUGUAUGUGCAGUAUGUUAUGUAACAUCGCUGUUCUCUGUACGUACUUUUAUAUUUCAUCAUAGUUUAUGAGAAGAGAUUUCUUAUCCUACCCAGAGUGCCAAAUGAGUAGGAUUUACACUUUUAAAGAUGUGUUUCUAGCCUGAUUUCAUUAGUUUAUCACAGAUCACUGGUCUUCUUCAGACUAUUAAACCUGUUUAAUUCUGCUGACGUUUGGCA